CAGUAGAAGUCGGGCUCUUCUUCGCCUGAAAAUUGACGUUAGAUUUUUACGGAUGAGCACGAAGAACCAGACAUAAAUUUACACGUGCAAAAACUGUGCAGCUUCGAACAUGGCUUUCCUCAGUAAGGACGUCAACUCAGAAUUCCUUGAAAAACAGCAGAAAAAGAGAAAACGGGGAAAGAAGAAAAGCGUUGGUAAAAUGGCUGAUGAAGUUGAAGUCAGUGGAGAUCCUGAAGAUGUGGGUGUGGUGUAUCUGUCUCACAUCCCUCAUGGAUUCUACGAGCCCCAGAUGAGACACUUCUUCUCACAGUUUGGGACGGUGAACAGACUGAAGCUCUGGCGCAGCAAAAAGAGUGGUAAAUCCAGAGGUUUUGCCUACAUUGAGUUUGAGUAUGCCGAUGUCGCCAAGAUUGUUGCUGACACCAUGAACAACUACCUCAUGUUUCAAAAACUACUCAAAUGUAAAUUCAUCCCAAACGGAGAAGUGUGUGGCGGGGCCUUCAGAAAUGCAGAAAGACGCUUCGUCAAGCCUUACCACCGCAAACUCGCAAAAGAACGUCACAACAGCCUCCUGACGGCCAACGAGGCCCGCAUCGUCAAGAGCCAGCAACGACUGGUCCAGAUGGAGGGGAGACGGAAGAAGAAGAUGGCGAAACUGGGCAUCGAGUGCAACCUUCCUGGAUAUACAGAGGAGUGGGAGAACAUCAAGAAGGCUCGGGCUUUCAUCAACGAGCAGAAGAAAGUUGAAGCCCUUCGCAAGAAGGAGAUCGAGCAGAGAAAGCAGGAGGCCCUGAAACGAGCCAAACAGAAGGUCAAGCUCCUCUCCUUGAAGCGGAAGAUCAGCAAGAGGCACAAACGGAGAGAAGAACGGGAGAAGGGCGAGUCAGAGAAACAACAAUCUAGCACGGACGAGAAAUCACAAGAAGGAGUCGACGGCGACAAGAAGUCCCCAAAACGCAAGUUGGACUCUCAAGAUCUGGCAGUGCCCUCAUCCAACGAGGCAGACAGACAGACUCCUGCUAAGAAGAAAGGGAAGCUCUCGACUUCAGUUUCCCCCAUCGAAGAGGCUGCCUCUCCUGCAUCCCCACUCAAGAAAAAUAAGGAGGAAAAGUCAUCAGGAGCUCUGAGCCAGACCAGGAAAAGUGGGAGGUUGUCUUUGAAGAGAGCAGCAUCUCCAGCAGUCAAGUCCAAAUUUGAGACGCCAAAGAAGACGGGAGAUGCUAGGAAAAGCACAGCAGCCACGCCAAAGAGCACAGCAAAGAAUCUCUCAAAGGAUACCUCGGUCACUCCCAAAGUAGUCCCCGAAACCCCCAAAGUGCCGAGCAGUUUGAGAAAAGACCAGGGUCUUCUAUCUAAAACAAAGACACCUCAGAGUAGAAGAAAGUCAAAGACGUCUGAGCCGGAGCCCUCCAGCGAUGAUUACGAGAGCAGCGACACACCUGAAGAGGAGCCGAAGAUUAAAGAGUUCACUGGGAUUCGACUGAGCAAAUCGGAGCAGAAGGAUGUGACGACCAAGAAGAGGAGCAAAAAUCAAGCUAGAAUCAGCUUGAAUGGAGACCAGCUACUGAUUUUCUAAAACAAAAAUCAACUGUUUGAUGGUUGACAGAUAGAUACAGAAGCUGUUCAACCCUAAUAUUCCCAGAUCCUUCAAACUCCAACAGGUUUUGGAGGAAUUUGUAGGAUCAAGGAAUGUUAAGCCCUUCCUCUAUGACAUUACAUGAAAGGAAAAAACUGUUCAAUACUAAGCUUUUUUGAUCAUCCAGAUUCUAAGAGGAUGUUUGGAGGAUUUUGUAGGAUUGAGGAAGGUUGAGCCAUGUUGCUAUUACAUGAAUAACACAAAAAAAGGAUAAACUUGUUUGACCCCAACCUUCCCAGAUCUUUCAAACUCCAACAGACCAGAAGAUUUGUAGGAUUUUUUAAGAGCUAGGAGAGUUGAGCUCAGAAUGGAAGAAACUGUUCACUCGCAAUCUUCCCAGACACUUCAAAGUCCACCAAGAUGUUUGCGAGGAUUUCGCAGGAUUAAGAAAGGUAGAGCCCCACAACAGUCACAGUACCCUAUGUGGGGUUUGGUGCCCCAUGCCAGUGAAUGGUGGAAGUAUCUGUUCUUUUCGUUUUUCUAAAAAUUCAAAUAGAUAUGUGAACGAAGUGUGAACAGUGGCAGUUUUUAUUUUUUAUUAAAUUGAGGUCCGAAAUCAAUUAAUGCAAAAAAAAGCAAAAAAAGACCGGUAAGUGAAAUCAUUGUUUUAAGUGACUUUAAAACAUCAGUUAGAAGUGCAACAAGUUGUUCUUUUCUAUUUAAGCUGAUAUUGUAAAAAAAAAAAAAAAAAAGCCUUGGUUUAUAAUACUGAAAACACAGUAUGAACAUUUAAAAAAAUGUUACAAUUAAGAAGUGGAAUUACUCAAGUUCUUUUGAUUUCUGUUGCUGAAGCAGUGCAACUUUAUACUGUCACGAAAAAAAUUCUCAUAUGAAAAAUGGUCAUAUGUAGACCUCCCGAAAAAAAAUAAUAUUUGAAAUAUGAAAACGAUUAAUUUGUGAUUAUAAAUUUUAAAAUGUACUGGCCAGAUGAGCACUCUUUCUUUGUAGUAUUAGUCAAUUGGAAAUUCUGGCACAUUAAAUAAACAUGCCUGGUGACGAUGUAUUUAUAGUCGUGAUAAUU